GUGAAAUUAAAAAAAAAGAUAUAAUAUAUAUAACAUACACUAUUUAUUAAUUAUAUUUGAAUAUAUUAUUAUUACAAUGUGGUUUAGAAAUUUUGCAACACUUACCAAAGGAGAAACUUUUUUGCUUCUUAGAACUUUUCCGUUUAAGUUCAAUGUAGAAAAAAGUUUAUUACGUGAUUUUAGGGAUAAUGAUAUCUCAAUUCGAUUAAAAUAUGUGCAACACAAAGGCGUUAAAGGUAUUCGCAACAGAAAAGGUGCUUACGAGUCGAUUUCAAGAGAUGAAAACAGUAGACAAACUGCCAUGACCAAAGAUAUAGGAAACGACGGGAAUCAUGAUGAAUCUGUCAACUUGGAUGAUCGAGCAUAUGAAGAAUUGGUCAGCAACGUCAUCAACAUUUCCCCCUCGUUUUUAUCUCAAAAUGUAUUUAUUAUACAACCAUAUGUCAAAUGGGGAAGUGAGCGAAACACCUUAAGUACUCCCGAUGAUCAGUUAGAAGAGGCGAAUGCAUUGAUUUCUUCAUUGCCCAACUGGAACGUUGGUCACUCAAUGAAGAUACCUCUCGAAACUCUAAAUCGAAAGGAGCUUUUCGGCAGCGGGAAAAUUGAAGAACUUAAAAAACUUCUGCAGGAGCACAAUACUAAACAGACUUUAACAUGCUUAUUUAUAAGCAAAAGCACAUUAUCAUUUGCUCAAAAACGUUUUCUGGAAGAUACAUUCAAACUGCCGGUGUUUGAUCGUUAUAUGAUUGUCAUACAAAUAUUACGUUUGCAUGCGACUAGUGCAGAAGCACGUCUUCAAGUAGCCAUGGCUGAGAUCCCCUAUCUUUGGGCACAAAUGAAAGAUGCAAAUCCAUCGCAAACUCGAAAGCAGGGUUAUUUGUUUACUGAUACACAAAAGCAUAUUUUAAAAACCCGCGAACGUAAGUUGAAACAGGAAUUAGAGCGGAUAAGAGAUCACAGGAAACUACUUCGUAAUAAGCGCAAACAAAAAAACUACCCUGUGAUUGCUGUGGUUGGAUACACAAAUGCCGGUAAAACUUCACUAAUUAAGGCCCUUACCCACGAGCAAAGCAUACAACCACGUGAUCAGCUAUUUGCUACACUUGACGUAACAGCACAUGGAGGCUUUUUGCCGUGCAAUCUCGAAGUUAUCUAUAUGGAUACGGUGGGUUUCAUGUCCGAUCUUCCCACUGGUUUAAUUGAGUGCUUUGUGGCGACACUCGAAGAUGCUAUGCUGGCUGAUAUUAUUUUACACGUACAGGAUGAAUCACAUAGAUGUAAAGAAGCACAGCGGCAGCAUGUGCUAGCUACAUUACAAUCACUUAAAAAUUCCGUUGCUGUAAAUCAAGAAAUACCUCCUAUUAUAAACGUCGCCAACAAAAUCGAUUUGACGUCCUCCCGCGCACAUCUAAAGCCGUCCAAAGAUAUGUUUUAUGUAUCAGCAACUGAACGUACAGGUCUCAAAGAGUUGUCAUUGGAAAUAGAACGACAAAUACUGACUGUGACGGGGCGGCGCAAAAUAACAAUGCGUGUGCAGAAUGGUGGACAAGAGGUCGCAUGGUUGUACAAGAACACCGCUGUAACAAUUGUGAAAGCAGAUAGUUCUAGCGCCGAACAUUUGCUAAUGACGGUGGUUAUAGAUGAAUUGGCAAUGCAGCAAUUUAAAAGGGAGUUUUUAUCAGCGAAUUAUUCAUAGCAGGAACACAUAAAUUAGAACCACAAAUUGUGAUAAACAAAUAGAAAUAUAUUUUGAUCUGUAAUUCAAACGAUA